UGGGCUGGGCAGAGCUGGGCUGGGCUGGGCUGGGGCAAAAUGCUGCCAGGGUGGUUCUCUGGGGAGAGGGGAAUUGAAAAGGAAAAGCAUCACCAAGGAGGGGGAGAGGGAGGGAGGCCGUGUGGUGCGCGCACAUACACACACACACACAGCCUCCCUGAGAAGAGGCGCAUUCCCCUCUCUGCUCUCUGAGAUUUCUGUUGCUUCCCUGCCCAUCUGUGCUCCCAGCAGCACCAGCAAAGUUGGCCUCAAACUUGAACGAAGCUGCAGGCUCCAGCAUCUUUCUGGGAGCGCCUCGGGGCAGCAGGCAGGCCGCAGCCUCUGAACUCAGCUGGCCUUGAGAAGCCCAGCCCAACCCUUCCAGCACCCAGCCCGCCCUCCGUCGCCUGAGGGACGCCUCUGCCCCCGACCUGGAGGCCCUCAGUCAGGGCUGGGCAAUGGUGCACUGAGGUCCCUCCAGAGUCCCUUGUCCCAGCCUGGAGCUGCAGCCGUGCAAGGCCCAGGCCCACAUGGCCAAUCCUGUGCAGCCCGAGCUUCCUUCAGCACAGGAGCCAGGCUCCACCGCACCCCUGGACCUGCCGGAGAUGGAGAAACUCCUCACCAAGGCACAGGACAAGGAAGACAAGCCCCUCAAUCUGUCCAAGACCCUCGCGGGGCCUCUGGAUCUGCAGCAGAAUGGCCACGGCCUGCCCUUCAAGGCCAUCUCCGAGGGGCACCUGGAGGCCCCACUGCCUCGGUCCCCCUCCCGGGCCAGCUCAAGGAGGGCGUCCUCCAUCGCCACUACCUCCUAUGCCCAAGACCAAGAAGCCCCCAGAGAUUACCUCAUCCUGGCCAUCGUCUCCUGCUUCUGCCCCGUCUGGCCCCUCAACCUCAUCCCCCUCAUCAUUUCCAUCAUGCUGUAGGUGCAGGUUCCCAGACAUGCGUAUCGGGUCACCCCAAGGCUGAGGAUGGCAGAGCUGCCAUGAGAGCAGGGUGGCAAGGAAGACGCUGGCGAGGUGGCUGAGGUGAUGCACCGAAGGGUUGGGCUGGGGUGGGAGGGAGCAGGGCCAGGGAGACGGUGAUAAACUUGGAAGAGAAAAGCGACCACAGGCUCAGAGAAGACAAAGGGCAUGAGAGGGUGAGAGGGAAGUUAGGAGUUGAGUUUCAAAGCAGGAGUCGGGUCGGGGGAUGGCAAAGGGGUGGAGUGUAGUUGUGGAAAUGAAUUUCUAAAGGGAAAAAUCAGCAGCCAGGGAGGAGGGAGUUGAGGGAGCCCAGUGCUGAGGGCUAAUAUCACUAAUAUUCACUGAGUACCUACUAAAUGUUAGGUACCGUUCCAAAUUCUUUUUUUGUUGUGUUGUUUUUAAGACAGAGCCUCACUCUGUCACCUA